UUGAAUAUAUGGAAUGAAACUCUGAAUAUAUGGAAUGAAACUUGAAUAUAUGGAUUGAAAGUCUGAAUAUAUGGAGUGAAACUUGAAUAUAUGGAAUGAAAGUCUGAAUAUAUAGAAUGAAAGUGUGAAUAUAUGGAAUUAAAGUGCAGAUUUGACAGUACUUAAUGAAUAAUGUAUAGCGAGUUAUAUCCUUGUUAAAAGAGCAAUAGCCUUCUGAAUUCCAUGACUUUAAAAAUGGCUGUCCCUGAAAUUUUACAAUUCUUAGUUGAACUAUAAAACUUUUUAGCAACAGCUGGUCAUACUCCAAACAACAUCCCACCAUGUUGAGGAUCAUAUUUCCAUUAUUGCAACAUUCUUAGUGCUUAUGAGUAAUCAUGGUCAACAAAAUAUUGCUGAAAGAACAUUAUGCAUCAUUGUCGAAGGAAUUUACGAAUCUCUUAGGGAGAUGUUGGCUGAAAUAGCACUCCAGGUAGAAGCUGAUAUACAUGGUAUGGGUGUACAUUCUGCAUCACAGAGGGGAAGGCUGAGGUAAGUGAUGAUAAUGGAAGUGUAUGUUGAUGGAGGAUGAUGCAAGAAUACUUCUACCUAACCUCUUUGCAAGUUGCAAACAAAAUUAUUAAUACAAGUUAUUAGGAAAAUGAAUUAACACUAUAUAUGUGAAUUAACACAUUUUUGUUAUUUAGUUUUUUCUUCUUUAAGGUACAACAUACUAUCUGCUCUGCUGAUUCACAUGCGGGACUUAGGAUUUAGCUGGAUGGCCAAAUCUCAAAUGUUGUCUGUAAACAUUCGAACACUUGACAACCACAGGAGGCAACAUGGUUUAGUGGACUAUGCGAGUUUCACCAACAUUUCAAAUGAUGAUCUUGAUCAUCUUAUUACUGAGGUUCUUCAACAAACCCCUGGCUCAGGAGAGACCUACAUCACUGGUAGUUUGAGAGGAAGAGGGAUCAGAGUUCAGCGAUGGCGAGUGCGAGAGCGUUUAAGAAUAGUUGAUCCAGUGGGAAGAGCCUUAAGAGGACGAAGGGCUAUUCAACGGAGGGUCUACAAUGUCUCUGUCCCAAAUCAGCUUUGGGAGUGUGAUACUUUACGCUGGUUCCAAUGGCAGUGCCAGUCCCAGCCCAGGGAGCCCCUCCAGUGGCUAUCAAACCCAGUCUCCAUCCUCCCACUCCCAGCCCUCCUCCCCAGAGGAGGUCACAUUCACUGAGAUUGGGGUGCUUAAGCAGCAGGGAGGUGGAGAAACCCCAUCAUCUCCAAAACUGGUCUUUCAGUUCCCUGAAGUCUACAACAAUUCCACAGCAGGUUCAAACCAGCACAGCUACUCCCAUCCCAUCGCUGGUAAAAGACCUUGUGGAUUCACUGGGACAUUCACUAAAACUGGUGGCAUGGUGCUACUUUGUAAAGUAUGUGGAGAUAUUGCAUCUGGUCUCCACUAUGGUGUCCAUGCAUGUGAAGGCUGCAAGGGAUUCUUCCGGCGUAGCAUUCAGCAGAGCAUCAACUACAAGAUGUGUGUGAAGAAUGAGAACUGUCUGAUCAUGCGCAUGAACCGCAACCGUUGCCAACACUGCCGCUUCAAGAAAUGCAUGUCUGUUGGCAUGUCCCGUGAUGCUGUGCGCUUUGGCCGCAUUCCUAAACGAGAGAAGCAGCGGUUGUUGGAUGAGAUGCAAAGCUACAUGAACAGCCUCAACGAAUUGUCUACCAUGGGCAUGGAAACCUCCCCACAACACGAAGCACCUCCCAGCCCCACUGAGAGCCAAUCCAAAGAGGCCAUUGGUGCCUUAUCCCGUGCCUACCAGGACAUCUUCACAAACACACAGGACCACCAGACCAACAAGAGAGCAGUCCGCAUCAACACCAGCAAUGGAUCAUGCACUUUUCAAAACAACCCUUCUCAGGACUCCACCUACAAUCAUGCUAACCCACUUGUGGGAUAUCACUCGGCUUCCCAUGAAAGCUUUUCAGCUCCACCUCGCUGCCCAGUUGCUUCCAGUGAGAGCAAAUGCCCCGUCUCAUUGAUGGACAACAUUCGGUACUGCUACGCUCCUUCGUUCAGCCAAAAUCCCUCCCAAUCUAGUGUUAGCCCAUCCCCACAGCCUUCUCAGGCCAAGUACAACAGCUACCCAGUUGGGGAGUCCCAAAGCCAGACUUUGUGUCCGUUGAAGUUGGCUGCCGGCUCCAAAGUGCUGGCCUGUCCAUUGAAUGCAUGCCCCGUGUCAGCACCUGGCAUCUCGAGUCAGCAGGUGUGGGAAUCUUUCUCGCAGUGCUUCACCCCAGCUGUGCGUGAAGUGGUUGAGUUUGCGAAGGGCAUUCCAGGUUUCCAGGAGCUCUGCCAGCAUGAUCAAGUCAUGUUGCUUAAAGCAGGCACAUUCCAGGUGCUUAUGGUGAGGUUUUGUUCACUUUUCAACCCAAAGGAAAGAACUGUGACUUUCCUAAAUGGUCAGACAUACCCGCUGGCAACGCUUAGAGGACUGGGCAUGGGCUCCUUGCUGGAUGCCAUGUUUGAAUUCAGCGCAAAGCUUUGCUCUCUGGGCCUGGAUUCAGAUGAGUUGGCACUUUUUAUGGCUGUGGUGCUGGUUUCUGCAGAUUGCUCUGGCAUUUCGGAUACUGUGGCUGUUGAACAGUUACAGGAGGGCCUCAUCCGGGCACUGCGCACCAUAAUGAUCCGUCGCCGCCCCGAUCACAGCUCUCUCUUUCCCAAAUUGCUCCUGCGCCUGCCAGACCUGCGCACCCUCAACAACCUUCACUCCGAUAAGCUGCUGGCCUUCCGAAUCGACCCCUGAGCUAUCCUGAUUGGAUGUGCAGCUGCCACUCACCCAAAAGCCACGAUUGGCCAAUCAGAAAAGAUUUUCCCUGAAUAAGGGGAAGAAUGCACAUUUAGAUGGAGAGGCAUUGAGCAUGUUCCCAUAGGAACCAUUGAUUUUGUUAUGUGAUUAUCAACAUGGACAGAUGGCGACAAGCUCGACAAGCCGAAAACGAGACUAAAUCUCCAUUUAAAGCUUUUUCUCAUCGUAUUCAUACAUGCAUUGCCCCAUUUACCAUCUGCCCUUCUGUGCAACUCUCUUCUAAGAGCAUUGUUUAUAUUUGUGUCAUAUCAUCAUAAAUAGGCUCACCGCAGAACUUUUAAAGACCAAAAAUGGGUCAUUUCUCAAUACAACCUGCAAACCCUGUAGACGAAAGAGUCUUUAGUCAGCAAUUACACAAUGCAUACAAUAAAAUAAUUACUUAAGGGACCAUUUUUAAGCCAAUUGUGUGUGAAUGUGCCUGUGUGUUUGAGAAAGGGAUGGAAACACCACGUACAUGAGACAUAGAUAUCUCUAAUACAAUUAUGUCACAUUAUAUCAGUAAUACAGUUAUGUAUCACCUGUGUUGGUGUGUAACAUAUGAUUGCACAACAUAACUGUAUCUACAAGUACUCUAAUGACCAGUAAUGUUCUUUGAAAAUGGUUAAAGAGACUGAUUUUAAAUGCCAUUUCACUUUUGAAAUUAGAAGAUACAAGUGUAAUUUAUUAAUUUGCAUUUUUUAUAACAGUUUGUCAAGUAUAAUACUGAAAACAGUUUGUCAAGGAUUUUACCUGUUCUCUUUGAACAUAUAUCUGGAUCUAGGGAUACAAAACCAGCAGGCAAUCUCUCCUAUGCAUGUUAUGUUAUUUUUUCUUCUGCUGUUUUUUUAUUGUAAAUAUUGCACAGUUGCACCAGAAUGUGCUCCAAUCAGAGGAACAGGAUAUGCAGUUGUUUUUUUUGUAAUGUUGUGUGUUUGACUUGAGAUGGGGCGUUUGGUGCCUUGUAAUGCAAAGGACUUCAUUUGCGUGUUUUGGGAAAGAGCCCCUGAUCCUCUGGCACCAGCAUAGUCCCUUCACUGAUAUCACGGAGCACGUGAAGAAAACAUUUUGGACUAUUGUGUCCAGGUGGUUGAUUUGAUUGGUUUUGUUGGUUAUUAUUAUGGUUAAAGUAUUGUUAUUCAAUGAUAUUGUAAUGUAUAUUUUGUAAAUAGUUUUCUUCAG